AUGGUCGCUUUAGUUGAAUCGAACCCGCGUUCUUUAUUCUUAAUCGCAGAGCUACGAAGACCAGACCCUCUCAAUCCCGUUAUUACGGCCGGAGCGGUGCGAUGCUUGCCGGUUAAGUUAAGUUAUUAUCUUUAUGAAGGCUCUUCUUCCAGUGUUAGCAAUCUUCACUCGACUUUAGCUUAUUUUUAUAGUUCGUAUGAGCAGGACAUAACGAAAUCUGCUUUGUCUUUACAGAGAGUUUUGAUUGUCUAUAAAUUUUCACGGUUUGAGCGAGAGCGCGCUCGCCAUCCAUAUUUUACGGAAAAAGAGCUUAUUUGUAAUUUAAAGGCAAAAGGCUCUAUCUUUACCGGUUUAAAAGAACGUUACGAAAUUCAUCAACGUCACUUAGAUGAAUUAGUUUGUAUACUAAAAAGGAGGGGCUCUGAACUUAAGGCAAUUUCUGUUGUUGAAUAUAAUAGCUCCCAUCUUGAUGACGCGGACACUAUCAUUUCUGCAGGAGGUGAUGGCACCUUCUUAGAAGUCUCUUCAAAGGUAAAGGGAGGCUCACGUAUUCCAAUUAUUGGAAUCAAUACUGAUCCUGAAAGAUCCGCUGGUCACCUCUGUUUACGCUUCGCAAGCUGCGAUGGAAAGCCACGUGGAUUGGAAGAGGUUGUGCAGCGCCUUUUAAUUGGCCAGUUCAAGUGGCUUAAGCGAAAUCGCAUCCAAAUCACUGUCGUCUAUUCGGACAUCGACAAGCGCAUUCUGCCCGACUUGGCUUUGAAUGAUGUUCUUUUUGUGGAAAAUAAUCCCUCGAAGACCUGUUAUUAUGAAAUUGAGGUCUGCGGUUUGCGAGAUCGGUCGGGCAGGCAGAUUAUAAAUAUUAAAGAAAAACAGAAAUCCUCAGGUUUUUUGGUAUCCACUGGGACAGGCUCUAGUGCGUGGCUUUUUAAUACCAAGAAACUCUGGAAAGACGACGUUUCAGAACUUAUAAAAAUAGUCGAGAGGAGAGCCAACGUUGAUCUCUCGCAUUUAAGCGUAGGAGACAUUACUGAUGAGUACAAUGAGUCGAUCGUGUACCCCCCUGACGAUCCCCGCAUGAAAUUCGGAGUCCGAGAGCUAAUUAAUUCUGGGAUCUUCAGAGGGCACGUCCACAAGGGUUACGCCCAUAAAAUUAUAAUAAAGUCGCGUUCUGAAGCCCGAUUGGUGAUUGAUGGCGCGAGAAGCCACCAGUUACAUCCGGGUACCUCUGCGAUUUUUGAGAUUGUGCCAAGCCAAGCCGUGCACACUGUGAGCUUCUAA